AUGGCCCUCCCAAUGCCCGAGCCGACCAUCCCUCCCCUGCCAUUGCCUCACUACAAAGUGCUAUCCUUCGACGUCUACGGCAGCCUGAUCGAAUACAAAGCUCACAUCGUCCGAUCAUUCCAGCCACUGUUGUCUCGUCUCCCACCCUCAUCUCCAUAUCUCGACCCGACACCUCUCUCGGACGACAUUCCCGGCAGCAACACUCUCGGCGCAAUCCAGUUCCUCCGGCUCUUCCAGCAACAAGAGGAUCAGAUCAAGCUCGAGAAGCCGGCGCGGCGCUUCGACCAGAUCCUGUCCGAGAUCUGGCGGCGGAUAGCGCGCGAAUUGCAGGUGGAAAGCACUGAGGACGAGGCCCUGAACUUUGGAAGCGAGGCGGUCAUCUCCUCGUGGCCCUGUUUCCCGGGCACUAUCAGAGCGCUGAGACAGCUCCAGCGGCACUAUCGCCUCGUGGCGCUGUCCAACAUCGACCGCUUCGCAUGGUACACGACCUUAUCGUCCCCAACGAGCGGACUUGGUGAUGUAAGUUGGUGGAAGGUCUUCACCUCGGAAGAUGUCCGAGGGGAUCCGGCACAUCUCGACGAGACAAGGCUGGACACGCUGGUCGACUACUGCGCCAAAUACGGGGUGCAGAAGGAGGAGAUCCUCCAUGUCGCCCAGAGCCUCGGUCACGACCACGCGCCCGCCAAACGCCGCGGACUGAGCAGCGUGUUCCUGAUCGGUGACGGGCCCAGGUGGGGUAAGGAGGCGGAAAGCCGCAUGGUCCUGGACAAGGGACUUGUCGGGUAUGCGUGGCGGUGUCGCAAUCUGCAGGAAUUUGCGGAGCUCGUUGAACGAGCGUGGGACAAUGUGACUCCGGUCGAGUGA